AUGCCUAAGGGUCGGAAACGUAACAUUAUUGAGUAUGGGGAGUGCUCUGUGUUUGCUGCUCCUGCUACGCGUAGAAGUAAACGGUCGCGACUUAUUGCUUUUGUUGCUCUUCCUACAUACUAUGACUGUGGUGAUUGUGGAGGUUCUGUUAUGCUGCCUCUUCCGCCAACACCUCCUUCUAAAAUUUAUAACCUUUAUCCAGACAUUGGUUUUUUGAAUGAUAUAAGAGGUUAUAAUAGUAUGUUUUCCAUGACAUCUUUUAGGGAUGUUGUUGAUAAGGAUAUUAAUAGUGGUCGUGCACCAUAUGUUUUUAAGGUUUCAGGUCAGAUGUAUGUUGUUGAUACUGCUAAUGAGGUUUCUAAUCGAUUAAAGGUCGUUCAUGAUCCCGGUAAGAGAGAUUUGGAUGCUGGUAUUGUGUGUGUUCUAAUGGAAUCCCUUUCUAAUCACAAUGAAUAUGUUAGGACAUUUAAAAUAGCUAAGGAGAUGGGUGAGGUUAUGAAUUUGGAUUCUUAUGCAGUUCGUUUGUAUAGUAACAUCCCAGAUCGUAGAUACGGUUCACUAGCACCUGGAACUUUAGGUUGUAUUGUUAUCGGUGAUGAUGGUAAUUCAAUCGGCUAUGAUAUUGUUGUCUACUCUAAAUCUGGUUCACCAGCACCUGGCACUUUAGGUUGUAUUGUUAUCGGUGAUGAUAGUAACUCAGUCGGCUAUGAUAUUUUUGUCUACUCUAAAUCUGGUUGUCCUCAACAAGUGAGUAAACUUCAUCCCAAUUAUAUGUCGUUACAAUAUCCUUUGCUUUUCCCGUUUGGUGAGGACUGUUGGUCUCUGCGUUUGAAAUUACGGGUGAUACAGGAACAUUUACGGUCCGAGUAUCUGUCUGGUCUUUAUGAUGCUUUGUCUAAAGGGGAUAGAGAGAAUGAAUUUGUGGGUAAACGGGUUUUCUUACCUGCAUCGUUUGUUGGUGGUCCCCGUUAUAUGUAUAGUUACUAUCAGGAUGCAUUGUCGAUAUGUAGAGUAUAUGGAAAUCCACAAUACUUUAUUACGUUUACAUGUAACGUGAAGUGGCCAGAGAUAACACAUUAUAUGGAAACUUAUGGUCAACAUGAUGUUCACAGUAGAGCUGAUGUGAUAGCUAUAGUUUUUGAAAUGAAAGCUAGGGCCUUCAUUAUGUUUCUAAAAGAGGAUAAAACUUUUGGCGAGGUUGAAGCACAUAAGUGUCAUUAUUUAUAUACUAUAGAGUUUCAAAAGAGAGGUUUACCGCAUUGUCACACGCUUUUAUGGGUAUCCAAAUUAGAAAUUAUUCGGCAACCUGCUGAUGUUGAUAACUUUAUAAGUACAGAACUUCCAGAUCUUGUCUUGGAAGCGUCUCUCUAUCGGAUGGUGACGACGUGUAUGAUUCAUGACCCGUAUGGUCCGUUAAAUUAUAAGGCUCCUUGUAUGAAGGAUGGAAAAUGUAGAAAGCACUUUCCUAAACCUUUUCAUGAUGCUACAACUUUUGAUAAAGAAGGCUACGCACACUACAAAAGGAAUCCACUUACACAUCACAUGAUGCAAAGUGGCACUAUGAUUGAUAAUGGAUAUUUAGUGCCAUACAACAAGAGAUUGUGUAGCCGAUUUGAUGAACACAAAAAUGUUGAGUAUUGUGGAUGGAAUAUGAUGGUCCCAAUUGUAAAUGAAGUUCACCACUUUUUGGAUGCACGUUACCUUUUCCCACAUGAGGCCGCAUGGAAAAUGUUAAACUUUUUCAUUCAUCGACGACAUCCCCAUGUGAUGACAUUGCCCGUUCACUUGCUAAAUAUGCAACAUGUUAUGUUUAAAGAAAUUGGUAGAAUAGAGGAUGUUCUUUGUAAUCCUGAUUUUGCUAGAACACCACUACUUACAUGGUUUGACAAUAAUGUAAGAGAUCCAAAAGGUCGAGAUCUUACUUAUAUUGACUACCCUAACAGAUAUACAUGGGAUUCUAGAUUCAAAGAAUGGGGAUAG